AUGUCUGGGUGUUCUAGGUGUUGUUUCAAAGAGUUUAGCAAUACAGGGCAUUUAGAUAUAACUGAAACUGCUUCACAUUCCCAAUCAACGUCCUCCAUCUGCAAAUGGACCUCAAAGCCUUACCACUCCUUGUUUUCCACUCCCACAACAGACACAAUUAUGUUUCCUUCCUUACUUAGCAUAUAUUGUUUACAUGAAGUUGAUAUUAGCAAUUGUGGUUUAAGUCAACUAUUCCCUGAGGCAAUUGGAUGCUUACACUGGUUAGAAAUGUUAAAUCUUGGAGGGAACAAUUUUGUGACACUGCCUAGCCUUGGGGAGCUUUUCAAGCUUGUAUAUUUGAACUUGGAGAAUUGCAAGAAAUUGGAAUAUUUUCCCGAGCUUCCUUUCCCUACUACAAUCGAGCAGGAUCUUCGAAAGAACAAAUAUUGGAAGAGAACAGGAUUGUUCAUUUUCAACUGUCCUAAAAUAAGUAUGGAAUACCCUGUCUUCUUUUGCCUCAUUGCUGAAACAAAACUCCAAUUCUGCCAUUCCAAAAAGAGAUUGCAAGCACUAUCUCUCAUGGAUUGUGAGUUGUAUGGUGAAUUUCCAGUUGCAGUAUUUCAUCUUUCAAAAUUGAAAUAUCUGAAUUUGGGAUAUAAUCCAAAUCUCAUUGACAGUUUGCCCGAAUUUCAGUCUAGUUCACUCACCCAGUUAUACCUUGAAUACACAGGUUGUCCGAAUUUCAGUUUAGUUCACUCACCCAGUAGUUAUACCUUGAAUACACAGCGGCUGAGCAAAGGGGCUGGUGUGCGGCGAAGUCGAUGGGUUGAUGUUGUGGUAGUGGUGAUGGCAGCAACGCCGUCGGCCGUUGCGGACUUGCGGUGA